CUUCUUUUUCAAUUAUUUAUUUUUUUCUGGGGUGGCUUUAUUUAUUGAUUUCACAAGGCAUGAUGAUUGGGGCCAAAGCCAAAAUCGUUGAAGACUUUCUUGUAACUUCAACAAGCCAAAGCAAACGUGGUUUGUUGUGGGAUGGUGAUGGUUGUUGUUGUUGUGUUGUGGUGGUGGAGGUAGUGAAUAAAAGAUCAAGGGAAGAAGAAGAAGAAGCACCAUGGGAGCUUGUGUUUCAGCUCCACAAAGGUGUGUUGGAGGGAGAUUGAGCUCUUCUUCAAAGAGGAAUAAGCAACAAAGAAAGAGGAGUAGAAGGAGUGGUGGUGAUGGAAUUAGAAGAAGAGUUUCUUCUAAAUUGUACAAGGGAUCAUCAUCAUUGGAUAAUAACGUUCUUGACCUUCUUUGUGGAAGUAUUGAAGAGGCAUGGUUUGAUUCAAAUGUGGUAUUCGACUCCGACUGCGACGACGAUUACCAGAGUGUUCCUGAUGAUUUGUUAUCUUUGAAUGGAAAUGAUGCCAACCAUAGAGUUUCAACUGCUAGUGUAGAUGCAACUGAUCAUCAAAGUAAAUCCGACGGAAACAUAGUCGAUGCGAAUGAACCCGUGUUCGUUGAUGAGAUUUCCUCAGUGGAUGCAAACUCCAACAAGGAAGAAGGGAUUUUGGACAAUUGUGGAAUCCUUCCAAACAAUUGUUUGCCGUGUCUAGCUUCUACCGUGCCUUCUAUAGAGAAACGAAGAUCUUCGAGUUCUAGUCCUCCUAGUGCAAGGAAGAAGGCUCCUAUGAAACUCUCCUUUAAAUGGAAGGAAGGACAUGGAAAUGCUACUCUAUUGUCGACAAAGACUCUUCUACAAAGACCAAUUGCAGGAUCUCAAGUACCCUUUUGUCCAAUCGAUAAGAAAAUGCUUGAUUGUUGGUCACACAUUGAUCCAAGCACUUUUAAAGUUCGGGGAGUAAACUAUUUUAAGGACAAGAAGAAGGACUUUGCUCCAAACUAUUCUGCAUAUUACCCGUUUGGCGUAGACGUAUUCUUAUCGCCACGGAAGGUGGACCAUAUAGCUCGAUUUGUGGAACUUCCUUUUAUUAGUUCCUCUGGGAAAUUGCCACCAAUUCUUGUUGUAAAUGUGCAGAUUCCACUCUACCCUGCCACAAUUUUUCAAGGUGAAACUGAUGGGGAUGGAAUGAGUUUUGUGUUGUACUUUAAACUUUCCGAAGGUUACUCAAAGGAACUUCCUCUGCAUCUUCAAGAAAGCAUCAGAAAGCUGAUGGAUGAUGAAGUUGAAAAGGUGAAGGGUUUUCCUGUCGAUACAAUCGCCCCAUUCCGGGAAAGGUUGAAGAUAUUAGGCCGUGUCGUCAACCUCGAAGACCUUCAUUUGAGUGCAGCAGAAAGGAAGCUUAUGCAUGCCUACAACGAAAAACCGGUUCUUUCGCGACCCCAGCAUGAGUUUUACUCAGGAGAGAAUUACUUUGAGAUUGAUUUGGAUAUGCAUAGAUUUAGUUACAUCUCUAGGAAAGGCUUUGAAGCUUUCUUGGACAGAUUAAAAAUCUGCACUUUAGAUGUUGGUCUCACAAUUCAGGGGAACAAAGCAGAGGAAUUGCCAGAACAAGUUUUAUGUUGUGUUAGAUUAAACGGCAUUGACUACAUGAAUUACCAUCAAUUGGGACUAACUCAAGAUCCCCUCUAACUACAACAACAUUAGAAAAAGAGCAUUUUGUAAAUCCUUAGUAUUAUUAUUAUUUAAUAUGAUUAAUGAUUAAUAAUAAUUGGUCAUUUGAAGAUAUGUUAUUUGUUU